AAAGUCGGCCACGACACCGAUUAGGUACUUAUAAAUUGAGCACCUUCACUUGUAAAACCCUCUUUUUAACAAGCCUUAUAAUCCACACACCUGGGACUCUAUUUUCUCCCUCUAUCGUCCGAUAUAAUUCCACUUCCGUCGGAAACCCUAACCCUAGAUCCCAAUUUUUUUCAUCUUCUCUCUCCUCCAUUUUUUGUCGCCGAUCUCAUCUCUCUAUCUUCUCCGUAACCUAAUUGUUUGAAAAUGGUGUCGGACGCAAGCAAGAAGAAGGCUGCUCAGAAGAAGGCAGCUGCGGCGGCGAAAAGAGGAGGUAAAGCGCCUGCCUCAUCGAAGGCGGCAGCUCAAAGUGUUGAUAAGGUUACUGAAGCAGUUGGAGAUAUGGUGAUUUCUGAUCGGAAUUGUACCGGUAUUCUUUGCUCGCAUCCUUUGUCAAGAGAUGUUAGGAUAGAGUCUUUGUCAGUUACUUUUCAUGGACACGAUCUGAUAGUUGACUCGAUGCUGGAGCUGAACUAUGGAAGACGUUAUGGUUUGCUGGGUUUAAAUGGUUGUGGAAAAUCUACCCUUCUUACUGCAAUAGGACUCCGAGAGCUUCCAAUUCCCGAGCACAUGGAUAUCUAUCAUCUUAGCAGUGAGAUAGAAGCAUCUGACAUGUCUGCCCUUAAGGCUGUAAUAAGCUGUGAUGAGGAAAGGAUCAAGUUAGAACAAGAAGUUGAAAGAUUAGUGGCACAGGAUGAUGGAGGUGGGGAAGCACUUGAACGUAUUUAUGAGCGGUUGGAAGCUCUUGAUGUAGCAACUGCUGAAAAGCGUGCUGCUGAAAUCUUGCAUGGUCUUGGAUUUGACAAGAUGAUGCAGGAAAAAAUGACUAGAGAUUUUUCUGGUGGUUGGAGAAUGAGGAUUGCAUUGGCACGGGCGUUAUUUAUGAAUCCAACCAUCUUACUGCUGGAUGAACCUACAAAUCACCUUGAUCUUGAAGCUUGUGUUUGGCUAGAGGAGAAUCUGAAGAAUUUCAAUCGCAUUCUUGUUGUGGUUUCACACUCUCAAGAUUUUCUGAAUGGUGUCUGCACUAACAUUAUACACAUGCAAAACAAGAAGUUGACAAUCUACUCUGGAAACUAUGAUCAGUAUGUUCAGACCCGUUCUGAACUUGAAGAGAAUCAAAUGAAACAAUACAAAUGGGAGCAGGAACAGAUUGCUAACAUGAAAGAGUAUAUUGCUCGGUUUGGUCACGGGUCUGCUAAGUUAGCCCGUCAAGCACAGAGCAAGGAGAAAACACUUGCAAAGAUGGAGAGGGGAGGACUGACAGAGAAAGUUUCCAGAGACAAAGUUCUUGUUUUCCGUUUUACAGAUGUUGGAAAGCUUCCCCCUCCAGUGUUGCAGUUUGUGGAAGUGUCAUUUGGCUAUACACCAGAGAAUAUUCUUUACAAAAACCUCGAGUUUGGUGUGGACCUUGACUCCAGGAUUGCCCUGGUGGGUCCCAAUGGUGCUGGAAAGAGUACGCUUCUGAAGCUGAUGACAGGGGAUUUGGUUCCUCUUGAAGGCACGGUGAAGCGACACAAUCACUUGAGGAUUGCCCAGUACCAUCAACAUCUUGCAGAAAAGCUCGACUUAGAAAUUUCUGCUCUACUAUAUAUGUUGCGAGAAUAUCCAGGUACCGAAGAAGAGAAAAUGAGGUCAGCAAUAGGGAGGUUUGGGCUAUCUGGCAAAGCACAGACUAUGCCUAUGAAAAAUUUGUCUGAUGGACAGCGUAGUCGAGUUAUCUUUGCUUGGCUGGCUUAUAGGCAGCCUCACAUGCUGUUGCUGGAUGAGCCUACUAAUCACUUGGAUAUUGAGACUAUUGAUUCAUUGGCCGAGGCGUUGAACGAGUGGGAUGGUGGUAUGGUUCUUGUUAGCCACGAUUUCAGGCUCAUCAACCAAGUGGCCCAUGAGAUAUGGGUGUGUGAGAAUCAAGCCGUCACUCGUUGGGGAGGGGAUAUCAUUGCCUUCAAGAAUCAUCUCAAGAAGAAAGCUGGAUUCGAAUAAGCUGAUGCUUAUAAUGGGUGUGAGUUGGUUUGAAUUUUGUCAAACGUUUAUUAGUACUAUGCACCUCACCUCGACCUUCAGUUUUGCCUCAAUGAGCAUAGCUCCUUCUCGACGUUUGGAUAGAAAAUUGCAGUUGAGCCUUGAAGGUUCUGGCUAUAGUCCCAAGCUUGGCGAGUUGAGCAUUACUGUGGCCUGAGUUGAGGUAAUUUUUUGUUUUUGCUUCUUUAUCCCCUUAAAAAAAACCUUUAUAAAACAAACUCUGUAGUUGACCAACGAGAUUAUGUAAACGAGAUCAUUUGUGAACCUGCAUGUUUGAGUUUCUAAAUUACUUCUAAACAUAUUUUUAUGUAUCCUCUUGUUUAUUUACUAAUUAGUUGCUGGCUAUUGUACCUGGGAAUGGUAAUGGGAUGUUAGCCAGUCAGCUACACUUUGGUAACAAAUACACCCCAAACAGUCUAAAUACUAAUUAUUUUUUUGUGGCAGUUAGUUUGAUCAUUGACAGUUACAAAGUUCUUUGUA